UCCUCCCUUUCUUUACACGUACACACACUCUCUCUCUCUCUCUUCCCUCUAGGGUUUUGAAAACUAUCCUGCGGAGAGAGAGAGAGAGAGAGAGAGAUCGUUUCUUCCUUCCGAGUAGAGAGCGAUCGUCUCCUCGUUUUGGCCACUGUCAUCUUUCUUCUCUUCUUUUCUAUCUCUUUCCCUCUUUCUUUCCUGAUCAUUCGUUCGCGCGGAUCGACGAUCGUGGAUCCCAGUGGACAUUGGAAAUGGUUGCAUGAUGCCUUUAUAUCAUAUGUGAUGGAUACGAGGGGCAUGUGGAUUAAGGAAACAAAUGACUCAAGCUUGGUUGGAUGAUGCUAAUGCUCUUUCAACUUCAACAUCACACACUAGUUCAUCAAGAGCAUGCUCUCAACCUCAGACAUAUUCAUGCACAAAACAGAGUCGCGGUAAUGUGUUCCAGUUGCUAGCUUGGAGGGAGAUUUCUCCUCAAGUAAAGAGGUCGGCCAAAAAACUGUGGGCAAAUGCUGCUGUUCAGGAUUCAAAUUAUUGCAGGGCACGAUGUGAAGUGAUAGAUGCAAAGCAGCGUCUCCUUUCAUGGGUAGAGUCAGAGUCACUGAGGCAUUUAUCUGCUAAAUACUGCCCUUUGGUGCCACCACCUAGGUCAACUAUUGCUGCAGCUUUUAGUCCUGAUGGGAGAACCCUAGCAUCAACUCAUGGUGACCACACUGUAAAGAUAAUUGAUUGUCAAACUGGAAGCUGCUUAAAAGUGUUGAGUGGGCAUAGGCGAACUCCUUGGGUGGUGAGAUUUCAUCCUGGGCAUCCAGAAGUUCUUGCCAGUGGAAGUUUGGAUCAUGAAGUUCGUUUAUGGGAUGCUAAUAGUGCAGAAUGCAUAGGGUCACGUGAUUUCUAUCGUCCUAUUGCUUCUAUUGCUUUUCAUGCUCAAGGGGACUUACUUGCUGUAGCAUCAGGUCAUAAGCUGUACAUAUGGCAAUACAGCAGGAAAGGGGAGUCUUCUCCUUCCAUUGUGCUACGCACUCGUCGCUCCUUGAGAGCUGUGCAUUUUCACCCUCAUGCUGCUCCAUUUCUUCUGACUGCUGAGGUUAAUGAUCUUGAUUCACCAGAUUCUCCAAUUACUCUAGCUACAUCUCCUUGCUACUUGCAUUAUCCUCCUCCUGCUGUGGUAUUCGCAAAUGUCCAUUCUGCUUCCAGCCAAAUUAGUGAUACAGGGGUUACCAACCAAGCCCCUAUGAUGCCCUUCCCUUGUUUGCUUUGGCCAGCUGCUUUUGUUGGAGAACAUGUUUGGUCUUCACAGCAAGACAGUAUGGUCAUUGAUUCAAACACUGGGCCACAAACAAGGGAAUCUUCUCUACAGCUUCUGGCAGUGACAAACACAAACAACCAUGAAAAUGUAGCAGCCAUGUCCUCAUUAGUUUCUAGUUCAAGAAAUCUACCUGAAAGUAUAAGCAAUCACAUUGCUGGCAACACACGUUCGGAGUCCACAGCAGACAUGAUGGAAACUGCUGAUGGGCAAUCUUUUGAUAUGCUUGAAUCCAGAGGAAUGGACAACACUAUGGAGAGGCCAAAUGAUGCCAAUAACAUGUCAACGUUGACUGAACCUCCUGUUCCUUCAGUACUUAAUGGUACAGAUCACCCACAAUCACCUGGGAGGCAGUCCAGCCCAGCAACAGCAGGUGCUUCUACCAUCAAUCCGUCAAGUAUUUCUGGAAAUUCCAAUCUUCAAAUGCUCCUAAGAAAUAUUGCUGUUGGACAUCUUCAUCAGUUUUUACCACUCGGUGAUCCAUCAUGUUGGGAGCUGUCCUUUUUGCAAGGUUGGUUGAUGGGUCAGUCACAUGCUGGAAUGCAUCCAGUAUUGCCUGUUUCUGAUGGGUCCCAUGGGGGUUCGCUGGGGAUUAGGGGCAUUGCAUCCAAUGUCAUGGCAUUUGAUUCACAGGCAGCCCAGAGUGUGGAAGCUAGUGGUGCUUCUUCAGCAGUAAUGAGAGGUGGCUCAAGGUCCAAUUUCCGUCAUCGAUCUCGUUCAAGAGUGAUGACCAAUACAAGCUCAGGAGAAGGACCUGCUGUUGCUACUAUUGAAGAUAAUGUUCCCCAUACUGGUGGUGCUACAUUGGCUUCUGAUGGUGCUGCACCAUCUUCAAUGUCAGCUGCUGCUGCUGCUGCAGAGUUGCCUUGCACUGUGAAGCUAAGAAUUUGGCCACACGAUAUCCAAAAUCCUUGUGCGCCUCUGGAUCCACAUACUUGUCGCUUAACUAUACCACAUGCAGUUCUUUGCAGUGAAAUGGGAGCUCAUUUUUCCCCUUGUGGACGGUUUUUGGCUGCUUGUGUUGCAUGCGUACUUCCCCAUGUAGAAACAGAUCCAGGAACACAAAUGCAAAUGCAUCAAGAUGUUGUUGGGGCUGCAACAUCUCCAACAAGGCACCCAAUUGCGGCACACCGGAUUGUUUAUGAACUUCGUAUAUAUUCUCUUGAGGAAGCCACUUUUGGGGAAGUGCUUGCAUCAAGGGCUAUAAGGGCCGCUCAUUGUCUGACCUCUAUUCAGUUUUCACCCACAUCUGAACACAUACUACUAGCAUAUGGUCGCCGCCAUAAUUCUCUCCUAAGGAGCCUUGUUGUUGAUGGAGAGACGACUAUACCAAUAUACACUAUCUUGGAGGUAUAUAAAGUUUCAGACAUGGAACUUGUCAGAGUCCUUCCUAGCGCUGACGACGAAGUUAAUGUUGCUUGCUUUCAUCCAGUAGUUGGAGGUGGUCUUGUCUAUGGGACGAAGGAAGGAAAGCUUCGGCUUUUACAUUAUGAUGGUCCCAAUAAUGCAAAUUGCAUGGGCCCUGGAUCUUCUUUGGACGACAAUAUGCUUGAGGUGCAGACAUAUGCCUUAGAGUGUUGAAUAUACUUUCUCGCCUCUACUGCCAACUAGAUGCUGUGUGACACAGUGAUACCCAUCUUGAAUGGGGUCCUUGCCAUCUUUGCAGAAGGAUGCCACGGAAUGGUGCUGCUGUGCAUGUUCACCAUAUUUAUAGCCUGUGUAUGUAUGUUAUUUGUAACAAAUCAUCUAUGGUAGCUUUUACUGCUGCUAGUGUAAAAUACUGAGGUGAGCAUGUAGUGCCUGAUAGGUUCUUCCAAAGGGAUGUAACGCUAAAUUUUUGACAUGGAAAAAUUUGUACAAGAUACAUCAUUGGCCAAUCAAAUCAAGUGUUUUCACAGCAUAAAUUCUUUAAACAA